AGUUUACUAUUUGGAUUACGCAUGUGAAUGUGUGGAGAGUAUAUUUUAAUAUGGCAUUUUCCAAUUCAGCAUUAUUGAAAACACCAACUAUGCUGGAACAAUUGUUGGAGGAGAUUAAUUUUCAACGGACGAAAGAGAUGCGCCAAUUGUUGAAAGAUGAUUCUGGCUUUGUAAUGCUGCAAGGUACAACAUACUGGACUGAUUUAUUUGUACGACAUUUUUUAUUUCAAAACGAAAAUACAAUUGAUUGUGAUGAUUUAUUGUUUUUUGUUCGGAAAAAGCAUGUAAAAAGUUCAUCAAGAUAUUUACCAAAAUUUGAGACAGAAGUUGAUGUAUUCAGAAAAGAUAGUCGUAAAUUACCAAUUGGUGAUCCUGAUAUUGAUUGGGAAGAAACGGUUUAUUUAAAUUUAAUUAUACACCAAUUUGAUUAUACACUUACAUUAGCAAUUUGUACAAGAACUAGUCCGAAAGAAUUACAAGUACUGCGAAGACAUUCACAAAAAGUUUACGCAUCGCCUAGUCGUCGAAGAAUGGAUACGAAAGGCGAGGUCGAAGAAAUGACAUACCCACAUAUUUGUUUUAUGGUUGAUAAUUUCGACGAAGUUUUUUGUGAUAUAUUAGUGAGAGAUGGUGAAAUGGUUUGCGUUGAAUUAGUGGCAUCCGACAGAGAAGGAGCUAUUCAAGGUGUUAUAUUUUUAGGUUCAAUAAGAUAUGACGCGUUGAAAAAAGUUUACGAUGCCCGACAAUCCAGCCUGAGUACAAAAAUGGCACAACGAAUGACAUUUGGUUUAUUCUCAAGUGGAGCGGCACAACGAUGUGAAUUUGUUCGUAUGAAGGGACCACAAGGAAAAGGCCAUGCUGAAAUGGCUGUAACAAAACCAAAAGGUUCCGGUGUUGAAACACCCACGUCAGAACCUGGAUAUUGUAUGACUGAUAUGUGGGACUCGGAUUGGGAUUCAGAUCCCGAAGAGUUUUAUCAAAGUCGCCAUCAACGACGAAGCAGUGAUCCAUCAGCGAAUCUAAAUAAUUUUGUUCGUGGUGGAUGGAAGGCGAAAGCUGGAACCGAUGGAAUUGGAGCUCGGGCACGUUCCGAAAACGAAGGCUUAGAUUUGAUUGACGUGGGUGUGACAGAAAUUGAAGCUGGUGAUGUUAGAGAUGAGUUGGAUGAUGGCCAGUAUAAUCCAUUAUGGACAAUGCGUGGAUUUACACAGAGCUUCCAUUUUUGGAAAGAGAACAAACGUGCUCAAUCAGUACCACUCAAUGCCUUUUUAACUUAUGUCACAUUACCAUGGUGGAGUAUUGCAAAAGAUAUUUUGGAUCAUCGUGAAGGCCCUAUUUUAACAUUUUAAUUAAUAAAAUAUAUAAUUAUUU